GGCGCCGCCACCGUCGCCAAGGGAGGAUAAAGCCUGCCAGUGUUCCUCUCCUGCCUGUGAUGAUCCUUUGGUUCCCGAUCAGGUAGGAUGUGAGAACAGUGAUGCUCGGAAAGACCGCAGGUGUUCUCUCAUUAACUCCUGUCUCCUAACACCCGCCCGUUGGGAAUGACCCUAACUGGACCUCUAGUAUUAAAAGCAAGACAUAUACUAUAAAUACCUUCCUUAUUUAAUGAUAAUUGAUUGAAAUGAUGACUGUGUUAUUUGUGGUUAGCAGAAUGAGUGGUGAGUUAACACCAACGUCCAGGAGUGACUCGGGAAGAGGCUAUCAAUAAUUGUGACUAUUUUACCACUACAGCCACACUAUGUCAGCAUUCACCCAUUAUCAGCCUGUAUCAGUCAUGGAUCCUGUUGCCUCUGAGAGUGUGGAGUCAACGAUCAAGGUGGAAGUCAAGGAAGAGGAGCCAGAAUACAUUUAUGUAGAUGAGUCGGUUUGCCGAGUAAAGCUGGAGGAACAGGAAGAUGACCUGGUGUUGCCAAAAGAGGAAGAAACCGCGAGAGUGGUGGCAGAUGUGGGCCUGUUCGGCAGCCACCAGACGAUACUCCAGCUUCAACCUUCACGUACCCGAGGCCGUAGACGCAAGAUACAUCAGAAGCAUAAACCUAAGUCAAACGCUGUUGGGACGACAGUGAUGAUUUUACCAAGACCACAGAUACAAGUUCCAAAUCUAAAUAUUACUCAUGCCCCCCUUCCCAUCUCUCACCUACAGCCUGCUACACAGUGCCCUCCCAAACAGAUGACUGAACCAAUGCCAGAACACCAAUCUUCUGGUACACAAACUGUUUCUCUUAAAACAGCUUCCUUACCAAAAGUAGCAACAAAUUCCGCGGGUGCCGGACGUAAAAUUUUACCCAGACCACAUAUUCCAACAUCCCUGGUUCACCCACAGCAACAAACAGUGCCCUUACAACAGUCAGUUAAUACUUCCUCUGUACACCAAGGUACUCCUCUUAACCAGAUUCACUCCAUUAGUCCAGGUAAUAAUUGCAACAUUAUACCCAUACAUCAGUUACAGUCUGCUCUGCCAAGUUCAAACCACACUACUCUUCCAGUCCCACAGCUAAAUUCUUCAACAGUUGGUCAUUGUAAGAAAACUAUUGCCAUAUCUAAUCAGAAGGCAACUAUUCCAACCAUUGUUACAAAGCCUAUGUCUGUCCCACAACUAAAAUCAACACUACCUGUUUCUUGUACUAGAGUGAGUCCUGCAACACACAUACAGUCUGCACCAGCUGAUUGCUCAAAAACAGUUGGGCACAUCCAACAAAAACAAUCAACCAAGUCAGGUGUUGGACGUAAACUAUUACUCUGGCCUAAACAGCCUUCCAUUAGACAACCAUCAGGAAUGAUUAUACACCCACAGCAACAGUCUGUAUCCCUUCAACACCUCCAGACUCUCACUCCUGUCAGCAUGCAUCAGACAGUUCCCCUUCAGCAAAUGCAAUCCAUUCCAACUUCUAGCUCACAGCAAACUUUACCUAUACAUCAAUUACGAAGUAUUUGUUCAGUUUCUACACCACAGAAUAUUCCAGUUCAACAAAUUCAGACUCUAAAUACUCAACAGAGUAUGACCCUUCAUCCUUUACAAAACACUGCAUCUGUCACUACACAUCAGUCAUUGCCCCUCCAACCUCUACAAGCCAUACCAUCAGUGAGUUCACAUCAGCCAAUGCCUGUACAACAUUUACAAAACAGGCCAAGUAGGAACUCACAUCAGACUAUUCCUCUACAGCAGAUUCAUACUGUUCCAUCUGGAUGUUCACAGCAGACAAUGCAAGUACAAACUAUAGCAUCUGGAAGUUCACAAGCCAUCCCAAUGCAACAAGUGCAAACCAUUCCACAAGGCAAUACACAGCAGAAUAUGCCUAUACAGCAUUUACACACGAUGACAUCCGCACAUUCUCGGCAGAAUAUACCUGUACAGAAUUUGCAGACUAUAACAUCUAGAAAUUCUCAGCAGAGUAUGGCUGUACAACAUAUACAGACUAUGACAACUGGAAGUUCACAUCAAAAUAUGUCUCUUCAGAAUCUACAGACCUUAACAUCUGUAAGUUCUCAUCAAAAUAUACAAAACUUGCAAACCAUCACAUCAAGAAGUUCACAUGAAACAAUGCCAAUGCAGCAGUUGCAAUCUGUUCCAUCAGGUAACUCGCAUCAAAUCAUGCCUUUACAACAACUCCGGGCAAUACCUUCUGUAACUACAUGCCAGGUUACUCCUAUUCAACAUGUACAACCCAUUGCCCCAGCAAGUGCACAUCAAACAAUGUCUCUCCAACAGUUACAAACCCUUGCACCAGCUAGUCAACAACAAAAUAUACCUCUGCAGCAACUAUCGUCCAUAACACCUGUUUCCACACAACAAAUUAUGCCCCUUCAGCAGUUCAGUAAUAGCCAUUCAUCUCUACCUCUCCAUCAAAUACAAGCUUUACCACAUGCCAGUAAUCAACAAGCCAUACCUCUCCAACAGAUAAGUUCUGUGAAUCCAAACAUUGCUCAGCAUACUUCUCCUAUACAACCACUGCAACAAGUACCUCAACCAAAUGGACCUCAAACUCUUCCUGUUCAACAAUUGCAGCCGGUUAACCAAGGUAAUGCACAAACUAAUCUUCCACUCCAACAACUCCAAACAAGUUUACCAUCUGCCAGCACACAUCAGCCUCACAUCCACUACUUGCAGUCAGAUACUUCAUCCACCAGUCAGAAUAUGUCUUUUCAACAGCAGCUACAGUCCAUUAGCUGUAAUGGUUCAAAUCAAACUGUACAGUUUCGGUCUCCAUCUUGCAGUCAGAACCAAGCUGCCAUACAUCAGGUGCAGCCUGCAGCCUCCACUGAGGCUCAUCAAACUGUCUCAUUACAUUGUGUAGCACCAAGCAAAACUAAUUUAAAAGUGCCAAUACAACCAAUUAAGACUUAUUGUCGUUCUUUAAUAAACAAUAGAUUAAAACGGUUGCAUCAACAAACUGUGUCCCCAUCUUGUGCCACCUUUAAGAACAGGCCUAUUCUAAAGGUUGGAUCUGUGGCUUCAUAUGCAGUGGAAAAAAAUAUAAAAAUUCAUGAAAAGAAACUUUUCAUCUCUGGAACAAAUGACAAAGUAACGCCUGUUGUUCCUCUGCAGGCCGCCACACCUGGUCAGGGGCGUAAAAUACUGCCUCGUCCGCCAUUACCAAGUACAUCUUGUGCUGCGUUUUGUAAGAUAUUGCCCAAACAGGAUAUACAGUCUGGUACACUAUACAGAACUAUAGUUGUUCCUUCUAUGAAGUCAUCAGUAGAUACUCAUGGACAAAAUUUAAUGUCCAUACCAGAGCUUCAGUCAACAACUUCAAGCCUUACCCACAAAAAUGUUGUCAUUCAACAACCAGAGCAAUCAAAUGUAACUGCCACAGACAAGAAAUCUGUGUCUGUUCAGCAACCUUUGUCAUCAGCUACUGUUUGUGAUUUUGUUCCUUCAUGUGAGCAAAAGUCUGAUUCUUCCGAGUGUAAUGUGGACACUGAAAAUGAUGCACAAUCACCAGAGGAAUUGGUAGUUUCUUCAGAUCUGCAGCAUCAGUCAGCCUGUUGUAGAGCCGACGCUGACCAAGAUGGACAAGGGACCACAGGUGUUCAGUGCAAGUCUUCACCUCCUUCAGAGUGUGAGGGUCCUAAUCUAGACACCUGUGGUAUGUUUUCACCUGUUCCUGAGGAAGAGUCUGUGCCACCCGAUAUAGAUAAUGAAUGUGCUUCAUCUCCACAGGAAAAUAUUGCAGCCACUGAUGAAUGCAAUGAAAUUGAGUCUUGUACGUCAGGAACUAGUGCCGCCUGUCAACAGUCAGAUACCCAAGGCACUGCUAAUGAGUAUUCUGAAAACACUCAACAGAAGUAUGAAAAAACAGUGAUGAAUGUUGCCCCAGAACCCCAGAGUCAUCAGCAGCUGCUUAAUGUUUCGGGUGAAUCUUCAGUUUUGUCACAAGAGCAGGAUGAGGUUUCCCACAUUGAUGAUAGAUCUUUACCUGUCUCUCAUGAAAAUUGUGCUUCAGAGGUACUACCCAAAGAUUCUCUUCCAUCUGUAACUGAACAUAUUACAAAUGGUAUCACACACCAUGGUAAUCAACUCAGUUGCUCUAAUAUUUCUACUUCAAGUUACCAUUGCCCUGAGGGAUACAUGUCUCUUGAAGACCGAGAUAAUUCAUAUGUCAUUCAUGAAGAGCAAGAAGGUAACAUGAGUGAGAAUGAGUCUGAAUAUGUUAAUGUAAACGAACCUGGUAAGAGUUCACCCAUUGCCUCUCAUUCACUCUGUUAUGAACGAGAGUACGACUCCUCGGAUACAGCCAGUGAUUUAGUUCCUCUGAUGCCAGAACUCUGCCAGUCCUCGAGUAUAUCGGAUGAGUUUACGUCAACUCAUUCUCAGCAUUUUGAUUCCACAACUACUGUUCAAGUAACGUCGCACCCACAACCAUUAUACGAUACUAUAGAGGUUAAAGAUGAACCUCUGCCUGUCUACUCUCAUUCUUAUGCUGAUCCUUCUGAGAAACAAUAUUCCCUUUUUCAAUCUUCAAAUGUUAAUGCUUCAGCUCAGCCAAUGUCAUCUCCAGCACUGUAUUCGAAUGUAAAUGCUCCUGGGCAGUGUACCAUUGUAGCAGACAUUAAACCUGAACUUCAAGUAGGGUAUGCAGUCAGUAAUACUCUAGAAAACAAUGUGUCCAGCCAAGACUUGCAGUACCACACACAGUGCUCAGUCACCCCAACACUACCUUUCCAACACUCACAGGAUGAGAUUUUCAGCAAUGGAAAUUUAACAUAUGAUCAAAAACAAUGUUCUUCUACAUGUGUUGCAAACCUUCCUCCUGUGUCAGUCACCCACCAUCCACAUUCAUCAACUUCUAACAGUAAUGACUUUGCCUAUCAGAAUAUCACCUCCACUACUUUUAGUACAGCAUGCAACUACAUACCAACACCAGCAUUGCAGCAGUCAGUAAGUGGAGCAAGUGGCAGUAACUAUUGGAUCAACUCUCACACACAGCAUCAUCAUCCAAAAGUCUCGGAGGAGCUGAACUACAGCCACCUUCAAGAUCAGACCAGCGAAGAUGUGGGAGAUGGUUCAGUGUGUCACCAGUUACAGGGCACACUACAAGCUCAGCCAAAUGAAUAUUCAAACCAGGAAAAAGAACAAGUGGAUGAGACAAUUUGCCAAGAGGAUGUGCUCAAUCAAGAAUGUUCUCAAGCAGGAAACCUUCGUCAACAUUUUCAGUCAAACCUUAAGAAGUGUUUUAUUAGAAAGAGAAGGAGGGAACUCAUGGAAUUAAGUAAGAUGAAAGUCACUUUAAUGUCACACAAAAAAACAAUUCGAACUUUAUGGAAAAAAUUUAAAAUUGAAAAAAGAAAAAAUAGUAAGUUACGUGAAAAACUAGUGAAGGGUAGAGAAGGUAAAACCGACAAUGGAGAUACUUCUGACAACCCCAACUUGUGUGGCGUGGAAAAAGGCCAUGAAUUAAGUGCUACUAAGACCAAAUUUAGUAGGAAAAUGUUCUUUCGUAGUGAACCUCUGUCUACGAGUACGAGAAAAAAAGGUGGCGAAAAGAAUCUGGAUAUAUUUAAAAGAAUAAUUACCUUUGAUUCUGAAGAUACUGAUGAGGAUGUGAAAGACUUUCCUCCAACACUAAAGGAUAAUACUAGUUCUUGUACCUCAGAAAAUGAACUCCAGUGUCUUAUACAGGAAUUCAUGAUGCUUGAUGAUGUAUCUCAAAUGAGCAAGAAAACUUUUACAUCUUCUGGUAAGACAAAACCCAUACGAUACAGACUACAUUUCCUUUCCGUGCUUCACAAACGCUUCAUAGCCGAUUGCUGCAAAUCUUGUUCUUUCCAGACCUUUUGCGAAUACAUUCCGUGUAAUGUGUUGAAGUGUAAGGCAGAUGAGUUGGAUUCUUGUCUCUGUAUGACUUGUCAAAAUCCAGAACUGAAAAUAGAGAGCAUGGUGAAGAGACGAUACUUAAGUAUGAACACAAAUAUUGAAGAAAUAAUUGAGGAUGAAGAAGCAUUUAAAUCAUUCAUCAAGAUUUUGAGAUCCUUAAAGUCUCAUAAUGCUCUCUUAACAUAUACUACUUGGUCUGUAGGCACAUCUGGCAGUGGACCGCUCAUUCCUCGUAAAAAAUCCCUAACGAGAUCGCUCGGUGAAGUGUCCUCAUUGUUAGAAAGUGAAUUAUAUUCUUUGAAGGACCACAUAAAGCGCACAUAUAGGCAGUAUGAGGCUGCAUAUGAAGCAAAGUGCGAGGCAGCAAAAUCGGCUUUACACUCUGUUAUCCAAACUGGCUGGUCACCUUUAAUCAUUUUGCAGUCUGCUAGUAAAAAAGAUGUGCCAGACACUCAAACUGUUAUUAGCCUCCAAAGUGGGUAUAUGUGGUCAGAUCUGGAGUCCACUGGAUUUGUAGCAUUAUCUGAUUCCAAUGAUCGAACAUCUGCAGCCGUUUGUGCAAGUCUGGAAAAGGUUCUUAAAAGAGUAAUUAAGGAUGAAAUGGCAACGCUAACCUUCGUCGUAGACCCUCAGACCCAUAUUUCUGGGGUUCGAGAAUGUGCCCGGAAAUAUGGAGUCGAGGUUAAAUGUAUCUUCUUGGAACCGGGACACGGGCAUGGCGUGGCAGAGGCGGUGGGGAACAGUAUUACACAACUUAUAUGUGACACUAUUAAUGCUAAUGGAAACAGUGUCAUUUGUUCAGCAAGAGAUGUGUUUCAUCUUAUUAAUUCUCAUUCGAGCAAUCUUGUAUACUUUUAUACUGCUGAUGAUAUUUGUCGACUGAGAGAGCUACUGCACUUAGGAAGCUUUUCUAAGAGUGGACACAAGUUUAUAAAACCAAAGAUUGUAAUGCCACUUCAAGAUUCAAACACUUGAAGACCUCUCUUGUGUCCUCAAUUUUUUUUAUUUAUGAAUGUACAGUUGUGAACUAUCAGAGAUAUGAAAAUAUAUUUUAUACCUUAUAAAAUAAAUGAAUUGUUCGCAGAACUAAUUUA